AUGAGGCUAAACAAAUGGCUGUUUUAUGCGUUCGUGCUGGUUUGUGUGCACGCGGACCAGGAUGUUCAGUUGGAGAUUCCUCAAGGGAUAUUGAAGGGGUUGAAGACUGAAACGAUCCUCCACAAUAAGGCUUAUUACAGUUUCAAGGGCAUACCUUAUGCGAAACCGAAUGUCGGUCGAGACAAAUUUCGCGUACCAGAGCCGGCAGAUCCUUGGGAAGGUGUGUACGACGCAACUCAUCACCGUUCCACUUGUCCGUUCUAUUGCAUGAUAAAGAAAGGUCUUAGCGGUGAAGAGGAUUGCCUUUACCUCAAUGUAUACACACCAGUCUUGGAUAAAGAAGCUUCUAAAGCCGUUAUGGUAUGGUUCCAUCCUGGUGGAUGGAACAGUGGUACCGCCGAUGAUCUUCUCUUCGGACCAGACUUCUUGGUGGAGAACGACGUUAUACUGGUUACAGUGAAUUACAGGCUUGGCGCUCUUGGAUUUCUGAAUACAGAAGACAAAAAUGCUCCUGGUAACGCCGGCAUGAAGGAUCAGGUGUUGGCGUUGAAAUGGGUAAAGGAUAACAUACAUUUCUUCGGUGGCGGUCCAAAUAGAGUGACUAUCUUCGGCCAGUGCUCGGGAGGAGCCACUGUUCAGUAUCACAUGCUAUCCCCCAUGUCUGAGGGUUUAUUCAACGGUGUCAUUCAGCAAAGCGGAGGGAUUACUUCCCAAUUCUCGGUGCAAAAUAAUCCAAGAGAAAAGGCCUUUCAAUUAGGAAAAGCUCUUGGAAUAGAUACUACAGAUUCUGCAGAGCUGAUACAAAAACUUUCUGAAGUCCCUGUCAAGGAUCUCAUCGAGGCAACUGACGUAGUGUCGACAACUCUGAACCCUCUGAAUGGAAAUGUGUUCACCUUCGUUCCCUCGGUCGAAGUUGAUUUUGGUCAAGAUAUAUUCCUGCCAAACGAUCCGUGGACGUUACUGAAGACAGGAAAAAUCGCGGACGUACCUCUGAUGACAGGACUCACCUCCGAUGAAUGUGCAUUUAUCGCGCAUGGGAUGCUGUUCGGUAUCGAGAUGUUGAACACCGAACCAGAGAUAUUCCUGCCGUAUAAUAUGAAUAUUACCGAUCCAGAGAUUCAAAAAAUGCACGGACAGAGUUUGAAGAAGUACUACUUUGGGGACAAGCAUGUAACGAAGGAGGACAUAAACGAAUACACUGUGAUGUUAGGUGACAGUUUCUUUAAUGCGCACCAAAUUAUACCGCUGGAUCUGAUUCAGAAACGAAAUUCAGCACCGAUAUAUCUGUAUCUGUUCACCUACAACGCGCCAUUCGGGUUUAUGAAAACUUUGGCCGGCGUCAGUGACGGGGUUGCACAUGGCGACGAUUUGGGCUAUCUAUUUUACUCGGGUUUCUUCAAGAACGUCCCGGAACCAGGUUCGCCCGCGGAAAAGAUGACGAACAUUUUAACGAAAUUGUGGACGAACUUUGCCAAAGACACAAAUCCAACUUCCAAUCUGGACGAUGAUAUAACCGUGAAUUGGGACCCGAGAAGGGAGGAGAACAAUUACAUGGUUAUUGAUCAAGAAUUAAAAAUGGAGAAAAACCUGCUGCAAGACAGGAUGGAGUUUUGGAAACAGAAAUAUAGUAACGUCAUCGGAAACGCGUUGUAAUAUUAGAUCCAGUUUUAGAACGCGCUGGUUAUAAAUAAACGAUACACACUAAUAAAGGAAUUAUUAUAAUUAUAAUAAGAGACAAAGUGGAGUGCAACUGCACGAUAAUGGUGUAUUGAAUUGUUUGUUCUUUACUUAGGUACUUGCAAAUAGUAGGUACUUAAAUGAAUACUUCAUUAAAAUUGUGUGGAGUUCUUUUGGAUACAAAAA